ACGGCAGACAAGUGGCGGAGCUGGGAUUAGAACCCAUGACCCUCUGACUCCCAGGCCCGGGCUCUAGCCACCGGGCCAAGCCGCUUCAACAUCACUGUCCUCUCUCCCGCCGGGACCAAGGCGCAGAGAGAUUUUCGAAGCUGGGGAGAGACUGGGGCCGGGGGUAGGGUGGUCAUGGGUCUUUAAGGAUGCUGCCUUGCCCGCUCUUGCUUCUCCAAUCCCGGGCACUGCCCACCUCGUUCCCUCCCGGUCCCCUCCCUCUGCCCGCUCUGAGCCUCGCCCUUUCUCCCCCCGCUCCUUGGGGCUGGAAAGCCUCAUGUGGUUGCCAGGGUGGGGGCGGGCCGGGAUAAAAGCGGCCGAGCAGGUGGCCGAGGCAGGGCAGGACGCGGAGGACCAGACGGGACCGGCCGGGAUCGGCGGGACCGGAUCUCAGGAGCAGAGGGAGCCCCUCGGGCCGGGCCUGGCAUGGCCUGCGUCCUCCAUCGCCUCCCGGGAGGGCAGCCCUCGGGCUGCAUCUCCCCGGAGCCGACGACAGGGCCCGGGCCCCGGCGUCGGAAGCGGACCACGUUCAGCCGCGGGCAGCUGCUGGAGCUGGAGCGCGUCUUCGCCGCGCGCCCCUAUCCCGACGUCGACACCCGCGACCACCUGGCUCGACUCACGCGCCUCCCCGAGGCCAAGAUCCAGGUUUGGUUUCAGAACCGCCGGGCCAGGAGAACCAAGAGCGGGAACCCAGGCGGGCUGAGCUCCCCGCGGAGGAGGGGCCCUCGGCGCCCCCUCCCCGCUCCGCCGGCCCCGCCGCGGCCCCCGGGCCCCAGGAGGCCGGGGGUCGGCUCCCCGACCCGGCCCGACGGAGGGGACCCCAUCCCAGGUUGGCCGCCCCGGCCAGAUCUCCCGCGCCUUUCCCCGGGCCCUGCCUCUCCGGGUCCCGGGGAGGACACCGGGGCGGACGGGCAGGCGCCGACCACCGGACGGACCGGCCCAGCCCGCCGUCCGGGGCCUCCCGGCUCUGUGCAGACCUCGCUCGGUCGCCUCUCUGACCUCAUCUACAACGCAGCCGUCGUCACCAACCUGGACUCCUCCUGAGCCCGCCACCGGAUAGCCGUGAUGAUCACUGUGGGAUCGGUUAAGCGCUUACUCUGUGCCGGGCACCGUACCGGGCGCCGGGGUGGAUACGGGCAAAUCGGAUUG